UAAUCUUGAAUUGCCGGUGAGAGAUAUGCGUUUAUUUUGCGAAGUUUUGGUUGGACUGUACAUUUCUCUGCAUCCAAAUAAUCUUCUUGCACCUUAUUUCUAGAGGAAUAUAAUAACAAUGUCGAAGCCAGAUCAACUCCUUGCAAUCAAACCACCAACGGAACUCCGUUUCCGAGGUCCAUUUACAGAUGUUGUCACAUCUGAGCUGACACUUUCAAAUCCAUCGGACAAAAUUAUCUGCUUUAAGAUCCAAACAACAACACAAAGUAGGUACUGUGUGAGACCGAAAAGUGGAAUCAUGAUUCCCAAUCAGAACGUCACUGUUUCAGUAAUGCUACAACCCUUUCACUUUGAUCCAAAUGAGAAGUACAAUCACAAAUUCAUGGUACAAUCAAUCGUCAUACCAAAGGCAGAUAUUGACUUGGAAGCAGUGUGGAAAGCAUCAGAUAUUGCUGCUAUAAUGGACACCAAACUAAACUGUGUUUUUGAAUGGCCAGCCAACCUAGCUCCUGCACCUGCCUCACAAGAUCAACUCCUUGCAAUCAAACCACCAACGGAACUCCGUUUCCGAGGUCCAUUUACAGAUGUUGUCACAUCUGAGCUGACACUUUCAAAUCCAUCGGACAAAAUUAUCUCCUUUAACAUCAAAACAACAACACCAAGAAGGUAUUGUGUGAGACCGAACAGUGGAAUCAUGAUUCCCAAUCAGAACGUCACUGUUUCAGUAAUGCUACAACCCUUUGACUUUGAUCCAAAUGAGAAGUACAAUCACAAAUUUAUGGUACAAUCAAUCGUCAUACCAAAGGCAGAUAUUGACUUGGAAGCAGUGUGGAAAGCAUCAGAUAUUGCUGCUAUAAUGGACACCAAACUAAAGUGUGUUUUUGAAUGGCCAUCCAACCAAACUCCUGCACCUGCCUCACAAGAUCAACUCCUUGCAAUCAAACCACCAACAGAACUCCGUUUCCGAGGUAAACAAAAAAGCACCGCCCUCACCACCCCGACAGACACCCGUACAUCAACCACCGCCACCCGCCGAACCCUCAAAGCAGCCGCCAGCCUCCACUAUGAACUGGCCGGCCAAAAUGACUUAAAAUGA